AAGGCAGUCAUCUAGCUAUGAUAAACAUGAAUUGACCUCAGGUCAAUCCUCUGGCUAUGACAAGCAUGACUCUAGGGUAGAGGGAAAAGAAUGCUAUGAGACUAGUUCAGGAAAAGUGUCUCCGAAAUCUGGAAAAACAAUAUCAGAUACAGCUGAGAGUCAAGCAACGGAAAGAGCUGAAAGGAGACAGGGAAAAACUCAAGGACAGUCAGGAGACAGGAGUACACAAGGACACUCCGGUCAUGGACAAACCACCAGGACAGAAUCCAGUAAGACUAAAAGAAGUGAUUCUAGUGUCAGUAAGACCAGUGACACUGAAAGGCACUCAGGAGUCCCACAGACACACACAGGUACCCCCCAUAGCCACUCUGGAUCUCAACAUGGAGAGUCAGGAUCCACAGCUAGAGGAAGACAGGGCCAGUCAGGAGACACCAGAGGACAUAGUGGGUCUGGGCAUGGCCAAGCCACCAGGAAAGAAUCCACUAAGACUGCAAGAAGGGGAUCUAGUGUCAGUGAGUCCAGUGACACUGAAAGGCACUCUGGAGCCUCACAGACACACGCAGGAUCCCCUCAUAGCGACUCUAGAUCUCAACAUGGAGAGUCAGGAUCCACAGCGAGAGGGAGACAGGGAACUAGUCAUGGCCAGUCAGGCGAUACUAGGGGACAUAGUGGGUCUGGGCAUGGUCAAACCACCAGGAGAGAAACCAGUAGGACUGCAAGAAGUGGAUCUAGUGUCAGUGAGUCCAGUGACACUGAAAGGCACUCAGGAGCCCCACAGACACACGCAGGAUCCCCUCAUAGCCACUCUGGAUCUCAACAUGGAGAGUCAGGAUCCACAGCUGGAGGGAGACAGGGUACUAGUCAUGGCCAGUCAGGAGAUAUCAGGGGACAUAGUGGGUCUGGGUAUGGUCAAGCCACCAGGACAGAAUCCAGUAAGACUGCAAGAAGGGGAUCUAGUGUCAGUGAGUCCAGUGACACUGAAAGGCACUCUGGAGCCUCACAGACACAUGCAGGAUCCCCUCAUAGCCACUCUGGAUCUCAACAUGGAGAGUCAGGAUCCACAGCUGGAGGGAGACAGGGAACUAGCCAUGGCCAGUCAGGAGAUACCAGGGGACAUAGUGGGUCUGGGCAUGGUCAAGCCACCAGGACAGAAUCCAGUAAGACUGCAAGAAGGGGAUCUAGUGUCAGUGAGUCCAGUGACACUGAAAGGCACUCUGGAGCCUCACAGACACAUGCAGGAUCCCCUCAUAGCCACUCUGGAUCUCAGCAUGGAGAGUCAGGAUCCACAGCUGGAGGGAGACAGGGAACUAGUCAUGGCCAGUCAGGAGAUACCAGGGGACAUAGUGGGUCUGGGCAUGGUCAAGCCACCAGGACAGAAUCCAGUAGGACUGCAAGAAGGGGAUCUAGUGUCAGUGAGUCCAGUGACACUGAAAGGCACUCUGGAGCCUCACAGACACAUGCAGGAUCCCCUCAUAGCCACUCUGGAUCUCAGCAUGGAGAGUCAGGAUCCACAGCUGGAGGGAGACAGGGAACUAGCCAUGGCCAGUCAGGAGAUACCAGGGGACAUAGUGGGUCUGGGCAUGGUCAAGCCACCAGGACAGAAUCCAGUAGGACUGCAAGAAGGGGAUCUAGUGUCAGUGAGUCCAGUGACACUGAAAGGCACUCCGGAGCCUCACAGACACAUGCAGGAUCCCCUCAUAGCCACUCUGGAUCUCAGCAUGGAGAGUCAGGAUCCACAGCUGGAGGGAGACAGGGAACUAGCCAUGGCCAGUCAGGAGAUACCAGGGGACAUAGUGGGUCUGGGCAUGGUCAAGCCACCAGGACAGAAUCCAGUAGGACUACAAGAAGGGGAUCUAGUGUCAGUGAGUCCAGUGACACUGAAAGGCACUCAGGAGCCCCACAGACACACGCAGGAUCCUCUCAUCGCCACUCUGGAUCUCAACAUGCAGAGUCAGGAUCCACAGCUAGAGGGAGACAGGGCACUACUCAUGGCCAGUCAGGAGAUACCAGGAGACAUAGUGGCUCUGGGCAUGGUCAAGCCACCAGGACAGAAUCCAGUAGGACUACAAGAAGGGGAUCUAGUGUCAGUGAGUCCAGUGACACUGAAAGGCACUCUGGAGCCUCACAGACACAUGCAGGAUCCCCUCAUAGCCACUCUGGAUCUCAACAUGGAGAGUCAGGAUCCACAGCUGGAGGGAGACAGGGAACUAGUCAUGGCCAGUCAGGAGAUACCAGGGGACAUAGUGGGUCUGGGCAUGGUCAAGCCACCAGGACAGAAUCCAGUAGGACUGCAAGAAGGGGAUCUAGUGUCAGUGAGUCCAGUGACACUGAAAGGCACUCAGGAGCCCCACAGACACACGCAAGAUCCUCUCAUCGCCACUCUGGAUCUCAACAUGCAGAGUCAGGAUCCACAGCUAGAGGGAGACAGGGAACUAGUCAUGGCCAGUCAGGAGAUAUCAGGGGACAUAGUGGGUCUGGGUAUGGUCAAGCCACCAGGACAGAAUCCAGUAAGACUGCAAGAAGGGGAUCUAGUGUCAGUGAGUCCAGUGACACUGAAAGGCACUCUGGAGCCUCACAGACACAUGCAGGAUCCUCUCAUAGCCACUCUGGAUCUCAACAUGGAGAGUCAGGAUCCACAGCUGGAGGGAGACUGGGGACUAGUCAUGGCCAGUCAGGAGAUACCACGGGACAUAUUGGGACUCAACGUGGUCAAGCCAUCAGGUCAAAAUCCAAUAGGUCUCCAAGAAGUGGAUCCAAUGUCAGUGAAUCUAGUGAUAAUGAAAGGCACUCAAGAGGGUCAUCAAGGAACUCCGUAUCUAGCCAGGUACAUUCCAGGUCUUUCCCUAAACACGCAGUUUCUGAUACAACUGGAAGGUAUGAAUCAAGCACUGAGCAGGCAGGAGAUAGUUCUAAACAAUCAGUCAUAG